CCUGCCUUCUAUUCCUCGUAUAAGUACUGCGAACCCCGUACCGGAGAAGGCGUCUUCCGUGCAGAGUACUCCGAGUUGCAGCACAUCCUGUUGCGGAGAAAUUUACUUUUUUGAAAAAGAUGAAGGUGUUUGUCAUUUCGUUCAUGCUCUUGGGUCUCCUCAAGGUGGUCACUUCUGAUUGUGAGACUGAAGGGAAAGACGUACUGAACUGCUUGGAAAACCUCGAGAACUUGCCAGAAUACACAGAUGAUUUCAUCCUCUCCCUAGAUACACAAGAUGAAAGACGGCCUUUUGUUUGCUGUGUCCUGGAGGACUUGGAUGUCUGCGUAAGACGCCACCUCGUAGGAAACUGUGCACACGUGGCAGACGUGGCUAGCAGCUACGGUCGCCAGAUGUUCCUGGAGGCUAUCCGCGAAUUGGUUGAGCCGGCGCCCUGCACAGAGGAUCUGAAGAACGCCUGCAGUGCCCUCAGAUCGAAAGCGCUCCUUUCCAACGUUGCUGAUUAAAUGGCUGUUGUUACA